GUUGCCAAAUGAAUACUCUUCUUGAUGACUUUCACUUGUUCCCUCUUCGAAGGAUGCCGAGCGCAGGAGGAGGGAGGCUGAGGAAGCCCACAGGAGGCUCAAGGAAGAAGAGAGGAGAAAGAUGGAAGACAAGGAGCGCAAGAAGGCCGAGGUGCGAAAGCGCCUCGAGGAAGCCGCCAAGGCAAAGAAAUCCGGUGGCAAGAAGGGCUUCAUGACUCCCGAACGCAAGAAGAAGCUCAGGAUGCUGCUGAGGAAAAUGGCAGCUGAGGAGCUGAAGAAGGAACAGGAAAGGAAAGCUGAGGAGCGUAAGAAGAUCAUUGCUGAACGUGUAGGUGCCCCAAAGCCCCUGGACAGCGCCAACGAAGCCACUCUUCAGGGCAUCCUCAAACAGUAUCACCAACGGAUAGCGUCACUGGAAGACGUCAAGUACGACCUGGAGUAUGAAGUCAGGCAGAAAGAUUUCCUGAUCAACGAGCUUACAAUCCAGGUGAAUGACCUCCGCGGCAAGUUCGUCAAGCCUGCACUGAAGAAGGUCUCAAAGUUCGACAAACUGAAGAUCCAGGCCAAGGCCAACACCGAAGUCGACUUCCGAUCAAGCCUCAAGUCCGUUAAGAAAGACACCUUUAAGCUGGACGAAGAAAACAAGGCGCGACCAGAAUGGGCCCUCGGUGGAAAGAAGGAAGCCGAAGAAUAGGCGUAUUCCUCAGCGCUACCAGACGCCAAGCCAUGACAAGACAGUCUCCAACCUACAACUCAGUGACAUCGUAUUGCGUAUCAAAACAGGAACUGGGUCGUCUUCUUCUUCUUCUUCCGUUGGGACUCGCACAAUAUGGAAUAAAUCGCAAUCACUGAAUCGAGAACAAUUUUGCAACAUACAAAAUCCCGUUUCUGUCCAUUACUUUUUUUGCAACGUUGCUGUUUUGUCAGACAAAGGCAGCUUGUGCCGAGCCAAGAAUCAAAGGGAUAAGUUGUGUUUCUUUCUCUAUGUUAGAUACUGUUUAUUUCAUCCUCUCACAACGAUAGCUCUGCUUUCUGAGCCAGAUUUUUUGCAAUCGAGAGGACACAACUGGUGUUAUGAUACCGAUGACGAUAUUCGAUGCGACGAAAUAAAAGAUUGUGUCCCCGGUU